UGCCCUCCUCUUCCCCUGGACUCCUCAUCUGCGCUCAGCGGUGCCAGAGGACUCCCAAAAUUUGCUAAUUAUUCCAUAUUUAGGCAAAAUUCCAUCACGAAUAAAAACAAAUUACUAUCUGAGGGUCCCGUACAUGCCUGCGGGCGAGCGGCGGCUACCUGAUGAGCUGUGGCUCCAGGUGUUCUGCUUCCUGUCUGUGCGGGACAAGCUGAGCGUGCGCGCCACCUGCAGGCACUUCCUGCAGCUGCUGGACGGCUGCUGCGGGCUGUGGCGGGACUUCUGCGUGGUGCUCAGCCACUUCUCCGCCUACAACCGGCCGUUCUGGCGCAGCCUGGCGCGCCGGCGCGUCGACAGCGUGGUGCUGCGGCGAGCCAGGAGGAAGCACCUGAAGCAGCUGGCCCUCUGGCUGCCAGACGUCGGCGGCAUCACGAUAGACGGCUGGUCGGAGGCCGGCGCCGAUGAGCUGAGGCGGUUCGCCCGGCUGAGGCGUCUGGCCGUCAGCGGCUGCGUCAGGCCGCUCCGGGUCUUGGACUUCCUGCUUCCUCUGAGCCAGCAGCUCACGCAGCUCAGCGUGUGCAACGUGCGACUGGCCUGCUCCGCCGCCGACUUCGUGGUCGCCGCCUCGACCAUGACGCGUCUGACUUCGCUGCUGUUCCACCACGACGGAAGCCAGUCGGUUCCUCUGGCCGCCUUCCACGCCCUGCUGCGCCUGCCCGACCUGCAGCACCUGUCCUGGGAGAUGAUCACCUACAAGACGCUGCCGCAGGACUUCUUUAGCCCCGCCCCUCCAGCAGGUGGCGCUCUGCGUCUGUCCAGUCUGCAGCUGCUGAACUACGACACUGUAGUGUCACAGGAAGUGCUGCGGCCUUUGUCUCGCCUCCGCAGCCUGUCCGUCUACCACCUGUACUCCGUCCCCGGGCCCACCUGUCACCUGCAGACGUGGCUGAGCGCCCUGCAGCAGCUGAGCAGCCUCAGCGUGCACGGUGGUCAUCCUCUGGGCGCGUACGCAGACUUCCUGCCCGCCUCCGUCCGCAGCCUGAUGCUGUGCGUCGACAUGACGGCCGCCGACCUGCGGGCGCUCGGCAUGAAGCUUCCCGAGCUGCAGUGCCUCCACCUGGAGCCCUGGGGCGACGGCAGCCUGGUCGGACUCGUGCCGCAGCUCUUCCCCCGACUCCGGACACUCAGGAUAAAGCAUCACAACGUGCCAGAUGACGACUUCCUGUGCCUGGCGCGGCUGCAGCAGCUGGAAACUCUGGAGGUUCUGGACUCGUACCACCAACCGGACCGGGUCGGCGACCAGCCCAGCCCACGCCUGCUGCGCCUCGUCGCCGAGCUGCAGAGUCUAACCAAUCACAGAGUCCAAGUCGUCACCUCCAGAGGGGGCGGGGACCUGCCCGCUUGCCCCUGUGUUUAACCAUUGUUUACUGCCCCUGAGCCUCUGAGCAAGGCAGCAAACCUGCGGCUCUGCCGAGGCCAGGAUGCUGCGGCCAGCAAACUGCCAGGAAACAACACGUUAUUCAACGACAUGUAAGAACAUGUUGUCAAUUAAAAGGGUUAAAGAACUCGUUAGCUUGGCUUCAUUUCCAGGUUCAGGCUUACAGACAGUGCAGCUGUGACAGUUAUACACACACAUAUUAUAUAACCCUAACCCUAUAUAUAUAUAUAUAUAUAUAUAUAUAUAUAUAUAUAUAUAUGACAAAUCAAAAGUAUGUUCCCACAUUAAUACACACCAUAAUCUAAUCAUCAGAUUAUUUGUACUGCAGAUUAACAGUGAGGAGAAACAACUGUGGAUUAACUUCAAGUUCGUGAAAUUAAAAUAUUCACCAUUUUUCUGGGGGACCCCCAGAAGGGCCCUGGACCCCAGGUUGAGAACCUCUGGCCUACAAGAUGAAACCUUUCAUUAUGUUCCCUCUAGCGCCACCAAUAGGAAACACCACUGAACUGCUCUGCUCUCACUGGUUUUAAUGUCUGAGUUUCGAAGGAAAUAAAGAAAAUGACCCUGCAGCUUCAGUCUCAUGAUAUUUGAUAUGUAAUUAUUGUGAUUUUGUUUUUCAAAGUGAAACUGACAGAACAGACCAACUCACCUUCAUCUGCUACAAGAUUCAGGCAUGUAGCUGCCUUUCCUUCCUGUGAUGACAGGAAGUGUUUGAACAGGUCACAGCACCACCUGGUGCUUCAUAACACUAUUACACCUUGAAGAGAAAUGUCUAAAA